AUGCCGAUGAGUGUGAUUUUUUGUUUUGCUUUUACGCGAUUUACUGUUGUAGUAAAAGUUGUCUCUGUACAUAACAUCAUCGAGCAAACAUAUAACAUCGAGCAAAACUUCUUAACACUCAGCUCAUUGAUAAUCACGGACAAAGAGGAGCUGAUCAAACAACUUCAAAGCAUAGGAGAAAAUCUGAACCAUUCAACUGCGACAUUUUUCUUAGAUAUGGCAAAUCGGAAUCUGCAGGAAGCAGCAGGCCGUUACUUUAACUUCAUGGCACAAUUGCCACUUCCUUCUAUGAUGUUUCUAAGUGAUAUAACUGUCGGAAAGGGAGAAAAAAUUACUCCCACCACAACGUUCCAAUUAUCAUUUAUGAUACAGAAUAAUGGUGAAACUACUUGGCUCAGUGGUACGUACAUGACGUUAAAGCAGGAUUUACACUUCCUACAAUCGUACGGCACAGCGCCAGGGUGGGAAGCGAAUCAAAAGUUCUACGUGCAUACAUUGCCACCCAUGGAUACAGUGUCUGUUACGGUGCAACUGGUUAGUCCAGCGGAAGAAGGUCCAUUUCAAACCACAUGGGCAAUUUACACUCCCUUCGGCGUCGAGUUUGGAGAAACCAUCACAGUGACCAUAGAAGUUUGCAAAAAUGGAACAAUGGCCAUUACUCAGGCAAACGGUACUGUGAUGGACGAUUUGGAAAGGUGGGACUAG